GAGAGAGAGCACACACACCCAGUGAAUUCCUUGGAAGAGUGCAGAAGGAGACCUAUCAUCAUGGCGACAUUGACCAUCAUUCUGCUUGUCAGCACGGUUUUUGCUCUGGGAGAUGCUAUGAAACGACCCAAGACCCCUUGUGAGCGUGUUAGAGAUGCUGUGAUAAAUGGCCCGCCUGGAGUCUACGUCCCCACGUGUGACUGCCAGGGAGAAUACACCCCUGAGCAACACUGGGGAUCUACAGGUUCCUCUUGGUGUGUUACCAGAACUGGACAAAAGAUCCCGGGUACUGAGACUCCACCAGGCACUGCUUCUGUCAAAUGUGCAUGCAGUGGCGCUCGCUGAUGAGAGGCAUUGGAACCAAGACGUUGAGAAGACUUUG